GAGAGGAGUGGGCUGACAGCACGCAGGGCAGAGCCCCGGCAGCUCUGCCGGCCACCAGCCACUCCACACCUGCUCCCGGGACACGGCCAGUGGCCACCGGGGAACCCGGUGGCCCCGACAGGACGGAGCCUGGCUUUCUUCCCGGACCAUCUUCUGCUGGGAUUGGAAACGGAUCCCCCAGUGGGGUCCAGGUGACCCCUCGGGAGAGAAUGGCCCACAGGGGAGGCGGCACACGGAUGGCCUGGCUGCCCAUCCUGGUGGCGUCCCUGGCAUGCUGGGCCGGAGCGGAGGACCCCACCUGCGGCGAGAACGAGUUCUACAACCAGACCGCGGGUCUGUGCCACGAGUGUCCCCCGUGCGGCCCGGGGGAGGAGCCCUACCUGUCCUGCGGCUACGGCACCAGAGACGAGGACUACGGCUGCGUCCCCUGCCCCGCGGAGAAGUUCUCCAAGGGCGGCUACCAGAUCUGCCGGCGCCACAAGGACUGCGAGGGCUUCUUCCGGGCCACGGUGCUGACGCCGGGGGACACGGAGCACGACGCCGAGUGUGGGCCCUGCCUGCCCGGCUACUACAUGUUGGAGAACAGGCCUCGGAACAUCUACGGCAUGGUCUGCUACUCCUGCCUGCUGGCGCCCCCCAACACCAAGGAAUGUGUGGGAGCCGUCUCGGGAGUCUCUGCCAGCUUCCUGCGCACGCCCGGCAGUAGCACCCUGUCCCCGUCCCAGCUCGCCCACAAAGGAGAGCUCUCGGGCCAAGGACACCUGGCCACGGCCCUGGUCAUCGCUAUGUCCACCAUCUUCACCAUGGCCGUCGCCCUCGUCCUCAUCAUCAUGUUCUACAUCCUGAAGGCCAGGCCUCCCGCCCCAGCCUGCUGCCCCAGCGCCCCCGUGAAGAGCCCAGAAGCCCCCGUGAGCGAGGAGGAGGAGAAGAAAGAGGCCCCAGACAGCGUGGUGAUGUUCUCCGAGCAGGACGAAUUCGAGAAGCUGACGGCAGCUCCGGCGAAGUCGGCCAAGAGUGAGAACGACGCCUCGUCGGAGAAGGAGCAGCUGCUGAACCGGAGCCUGGACAGCGACGACGGGCAGGGCCCCCCGGAGCUGUGCCUGCUGUCGCUGGUGCACCUGGCCAGGGAGAAGGCGGCCACCGCCACCAAGGCGGCCGGGAUUCAGAGUCGAAGGAAGAAAAUACUGGACGUGUAUGCCAACGUGUGUGGCGUCGUGGAAGGCCUCAGCCCCACGGAGCUGCCGUUCGACUGCCUGGAGAAGACCAGCCGGAUGCUCAGCGCCACGUACAACUCGGAGAAGGCCGUGGUGAAGACGUGGCGCCACCUGGCCGAGAGCUUCGGGCUCAAGCGGGACGAGAUCGGGGGCAUGACGGACGGCCUGCAGCUCUUUGACCGCAUCAGCACGGCCGGCUACAGCAUCCCGGAGCUGCUCACCAAGCUGGUGCAGAUCGAGCGGCUGGACGCCGUGGAGUCCCUGUGCGCAGACAUCCUGGAGUGGGCGGGCAUCCCGCCGCCUGCCGCCCUGCCGCCCCCCGUGUCCUGAGCGGGGCCCGCGGACCCCGUGGCUGGGCAGUCUCCUGCGCACCAGGGACGCCUUGCUGGUCUGAGGAAUAGGAGUAAACAGGCCCGUCUCCCGGUCUAACCAAAGACAGAAAUCCACGUGGACACGCCGGCCCACCGGCCUCGCCAGCCCCAGCGAGUCUGCGCAUCCGUGCGGCCUGCCCGCCACUCCCUCCUCCGCGGACACGGUCGGCGCCACCCGUGUGCACCAGCAGUGCCGGGAGGACAGACGUGAAGCCUCUGGUCCCUGGCUGCGGGGAGUUCACAGCCCGGGAGAGACAGACGUUCGCCUGGAAGACGGCACACAACCCGAGGGGGGAGCGCUUCCUCUGGGAGAUGAAGCAGGUGGGCGGGUGUCCCCACGAGGAACACAGCUCCAAGGCUGGGACAGCUGCAAGAGGCAGGCCCUGUGCCACGCCCUCCUGCUCCAGGCUCAGCGUGGGUCUGAAUCACCCACGUGGCCCUGGGGUCACCGUCUCCCUGCGGCCCUUCCAGUCACACGGAAGCCUCUGCCACCUGCCCCACGCGCUGGUCCGCAGGGCGUCCGGUCAAGGGCUGCCACAGCCGACCUCGCCGCUGCACGAGUCCAGCCUGGGGGCCAGGGGUCCCUGCACUGCUUCCUGCUCUCAUCCGCACUCGGAUGGCACCCUCUGCGGCCGCAGUGCUCAGGGACACAGGCCACUGGCUUCAAACAGAAACAAGUGGUCGGCUCUGCUUGGAAAAGGAAAUCACGACUUCAUGAGAGGCCAGCCGCGUAACCCCAGGUUUCCUCGUGGCGCCUUCUGAGCCCGUCACGGAACGUGGGCCUGCAGCCACGGAGCGCCUGGGCUCGGGGUCCGGGGACCUGGUCUGCUCGUGCCACUGUGGGCCAUUUUCUUCCCCUCCCAAGCCUCAGUUUCUGUUCUGCAAAUAAGAGGUUAGUCUGUGAUUCUGCAUCAGGGAAAAUAAAGUUCAAGUGAGCAAAAAUGAAAUGGGGCUGGAGGAGAUGCCAGGCCUUCCAUGGAUGUGAGCACAGCGUGAAUCACCGAGUGAAAUGCAGAUACGAACUCUCAGAACAAGUGUUCUCCCAGUAACUACAGUGUUUGGCAGACGCUGGGAGAGCAAGUUAGUAGACAGGCCUUCUUGGCAGAUUCUCUCACUACACCUGCUGUCGCCGGGAACCGGGCAGAGACCACACCAGGGGGUUAAUUUUGAGUUCACUGCUCAGCCCCCAGGGACAGGUCUGAUCCUGGUUGUUCCUAAAUUAAAACCAGUCUCGGGUUUAUGUUUGUAAAAUUACAAGUCUGAGACUGAGCAAAUGCUUUUGGGAAGGAAGUCAGUCGUAUGCUUAAAGCAACCCGCGAGUUCCCACCAGUGAACGUGGAACACACUGUGACGGGAUCACAGUUAGGCCCUGAGUGUUUAGUAUCGUCACGUGCUGCGUCUGUCUGCUGCUGUUCUUCAGAACCUACUUGGUGUAUCCUGCAGGCUGCGUUCUCCACAGCACAACCUAAGUAUCCUUCUCAUUCCUCCGUGGACCCUUGGUGCCCCCUUCCCUGCUCUGUGAUGAUGGUGAUGAGGCCCCCCCUCGGCGAGGCUGCAAACGUCAGGGGAGGAGCAGGGGCGGCCUCGGUUCACUCGGUUCUCGCUGGGCCAGAGGUCCAGCGGCACCGGGCCUGUUUCGUUGGCUCAACCUGCCAUUUCUAGGGUGUUCAUCCUCUCAGAGCGACACGAUCCCUUGUCAUUUGCUUCUCUGGAAACAAAUCCAAGAACAGGUUACUCUGGUGAGCUUUAGCCUACGUGGUGGGAUUCAGAUAAAUGAGACCCCAAGAAUGAUCACUGAGCAAGGCUGGGGCUCCACUGCCAGCCAGUCUGUACGGAGAUGGCCACCACUUCUGCUGGAAUAAAAACACUUAGAGCACACCCAGGCCGGAGCAGUGGCCCUUGGCCAGUGAAGUCUUAGUCAUCAGUAUUUGCGUCUAACUCUGUACAUGUCGCCUAUUUCACAAGUUCAGUAAACAAACCAAUACAAAGGAGAGUCCUGACUGCUCCAGGGAGCCCUCUCGGAGGUGGAGUCGGGUCUGGUCCCUCUGCUCCUGGCUGGCGCCUGUGUGAGACGAGCAGCCCCGUCAGAGGCCGGGCGGGGGUCCCAGCCGGCCCUGUCCCCUCCAGGGGCACGCACCCUCCUCGGCAAGGGCCACCUCCCUGUCAGUGGGAGCAGAGGGGCUGGAGCAGAAGCCCGGGCGGCGGGGGAGUGUCGGGGAGGCAGGACGGGAAGAAGAGGCCCAAGGAGGGGAACAGUGAAGGGGCCCGUGGACACCAGACAGCCGGGGGACCACACGAGGAGGAAAGGGGCUCGGGGACUUGGCGACGACAUAGUGGAAGGUCCACGGCGGGUCAGCAGUUAGAACAGGUAAAGACCAGAUAGAGAAACACAGCUUCUGGAGAACUCCCAACCCUGAAAACCUCCGCUGGCACGAGACACAACCCGCACCUCAGUGCCGCCACGGGAAGGCGGCCAGCCCUGUCCUGGCCGGCACCCUGGUGUCCUGCGGUCACAGGGCACCUGAGCACGGCAAUCACAGGUGACAGGGACAGCCACCUGCGUGGCCUUGUUUUCUGCCACCCAGGGCUCUCCUGCCCGUAAUCUUCACAAUAGUCCUGUGCAGGAUCGUCCUGACUCGUCUCCUCAUUCAAACAAAACCUUUUGUGAGCGUGCCACACACGGGCAUGGUGCCUGACACACCCCUCCCUCCGUGUCCUGAAACAACAGGGCAGCCCAGCUUCCAGAUGCAAAACCUGCGACUCAGAAAUGCCGCUACUCAGGGUCACACCACCUGGGCCAGCACUUCCUAGCCCACCUGCCGAAUCUACGACCAAGAACCUGGGCGGAGCUUCCACACACACCAGCUUCACACCUGGAUAAGCCCCUCGCCCAGAGCCCUGGUGGGGACGAUGUCACACUUAGAAGGACCUGAGGCGCUUCCACACCCUCCAGGACACCCCAGGAUGGUGAACUCAGACGUCAGGGGUGGGGCAGGACACUUUAAAGCCCACCCAGGCGACUGUAAUGUGCAUCCAAGAUUGACAGUCACUGUGUGAGACAAAUGACUGCUAAUUGCUGGAAAAUGGGACUAAAAGGGUCAGCUGUGGAGUCAUGGAGAAUGAGACCAGCGGCUGGAACAUACAUCCACUACGUGCACCUGUGUGCUUACAUAUAUGUAAACUUUUAAACUGCACACGUGUACAAAAACACCUUCAAACAGCAGCAAAGCAUUAAAAAUGGGAAUAGGAGUUCUGUUUUCUUUCUGCAUCCCAGACUGUGCUCCCUGUACCUGGAGACCCCUUAGACCUGCACCCUCACAGGUUUUAGUUCUUUUUAGCCAUAUUAAAUAUGGCUGUUCACAGAGUUUAGUUUUACUCACGUAUUUACCACUUUCUUCGCUAUUUCAUCUUGCCUCUUCAACCUUCUGAAACCAUUCUGCUUUUUCCUCAAGUACACCCUUUAGAGGUUUCAGCAGAAUUUAUUGGUAGUGAAUAUUUGGUUUCUCUGAAACGUCCUCCUCUUGCCCCUGUCUUGGGAAGGGUGUUGAUGAAAGCCCCCGGGCUGACGGCAGGCCCUUUGAAUCAACCUGUCUUCUCUCUCCGGCCACGUGUAAGCAUCUGCUGGUCUUCGGUGUUCUUUCAUUUCUUCCUAUACAAUGUUUCUAGGCAGCGAUUUCUUUGUACCUCUCUCGCUUCUAAUUCAUUUGGCUUCUUGAACUGGAGAUUCAUAUCUUCCAUCCUUCUCAGUAAUUUAUCCUUAGCCAUUACUUUUUCAGCUCUCUCUGCUGCAGUUCUUCUUUCUGGAGCUCGUUUAUACGUAUGUUAGCUCUUUUUAUGCUUUAUCCUUUAUGUAAGAGAGUCUUUUAGGUUUU